UCGUCUGCAGCAGUCGUUCUCUGGCAGUGCUGGGGAGGAGACGCACCCUUCACACCCACCUCCCUCCGUUCCUAGUCCCCACAUACAUCAAUUGGCUUUAAAUUCAUGUGAUAUAUACAAUUUAUAAGAUAAGUAAGCCUACAGAAUAUCGGAACGAUGACGAACGCGGUGUCCAAACUGAUCCGAGACACUUCACAGAAACUCAAUGUUAGCGAGACAAACUUGACGAGGGGCGGGAUGAGUGUGGUGGUGGCUCUGUAUAUUUACAAAGUGGUGUACCCCAAGGUGCGGGAGAUACAGCUGGGCCUCACCUACCAGGAGCCGCGGGAGAAGAACAGGGAGGAGAUCAUCCAGGAGAAGAAGCGCGGGCCCACUGUGAACAGGGACUUCUUCAUGCAGCUCAGGAAGCUAAUGAGGAUCAUCAUCCCUGGCGUGUGGUCUAAGUCCGCGCUGCUGCUGGCCGUGCACACCGUCACGCUGGUCACCAGGACCUUCCUGUCCAUCUACGUGGCGGAGCUGGAGGGCCGCGUGGUCAAGUACAUCGUGAGGAAGGACGUGGCCAAGUUUGCCCUCAUGAUGACCAAGUGGAUCGGCAUCGCCGUGCCCGCCACCUUCAUCAACUCUAUGAUCCGCUUCCUGGAGUCCCACCUGGCGCUCACCUUCCGCACCUGCCUCGUCAAGUACUCCUACGACCUGUACUUCCGCAACCAGUGCUACUACCGCGUGUCCAACCUGGACGGCCGGCUGGAGAACGCCGACCACUGCCUCACCGAGGACAUCACAGCCUUCACCUCCAGCAUCGCGCACCUCUACUCCCACAUCACCAAGCCCCUGCUGGACUCCCUGCUCAUUUCAUACUCCCUCGUGGCCCUUGCCAGGGCGCGGGGCGGCGCCAGUCUACCAGGGCCAGUGCUGGGGACCCUGGUUGUGCUCAUCACAGGGCGCAUCCUCAGGAGAGUGUCACCCAAGUUUGGCUCCCUGGUGGCAGAGGAGGCACACCGCAAAGGUUACCUGCGUGCCAUCCACUCACGUAUCAUUGCCAACGCGGAGGAGAUUGCUUUCUAUGGCGGCCAGAAGGUCGAGCUGGGCAUCCUGCAGCAGGGGUACCACUCCUUGGUGAGGCAGAUGAACAUAAUCUUCAACAAGAGGCUGUGGUACAUUAUGCUGGAGCAGUUCCUCAUGAAGUACGUGUGGUCAGGAGCUGGCAUGGUGAUGACUUCCAUACCACUGCUCACCUCAACCAUCAGUGAAAGUGGACAGGCUGACGGUGGGGUGUCGGAGCGUACGCAGUAUUUCACCACAGCCAAGAAUAUGCUGACAUCUGGGGCUGAUGCUGUGGAGCGCCUCCUCACCUCCUACAAGGAGAUAGUGGAGCUGGCUGGCUACACAGCACGGGUGGGCAACAUGCUGAAAGUGUUUGAGGAGGUGCAGAGAGGCCGCUAUGUCAGAGUCUCUGUUAUGUCGGACAAUGAAAACCGUGACAACCGGUGUCCUGCCAACCUUGUCUUCCAGAAUGGUGUGCCUGUCAUCAAUGGCAUCGUCACAGAGAGCCCUGACGGCACCAUCAUCAUCAGGGAUGUGCCCAUUGUGACGCCCAACUGUGACGUGGUGGUGCCGUCCCUCAAUCUCACGGUCCAGCCUCAGAUGCACCUCCUCAUUACUGGUCCCAAUGGGUGUGGGAAGAGCUCUCUGUUCCGUAUCUUGAGUGGUCUGUGGCCUGUGUACAGCGGCUCCCUGCAGAAACCUGUCACAGCCGACAUGUUCUACAUCCCUCAGAGGCCGUACAUGCUGGCAGGCAGUCUGCGGGACCAGGUAAUCUACCCUGACUCGGUGGAGGAGAUGCGGUCCAAAGGCAUCAUGGACACCCACCUGGAGGACAUCAUGGGCAUUGUGAACCUACAGCACCUGGUGAUCCGGGAGGGUGGAUGGGAUGCACAGCAGGACUGGAAGGAUGUGCUGUCUGGCGGAGAGAAGCAGCGCAUGGGCAUGGCUCGACUUUUUUACCACAAGCCACGGUAUGCCCUACUGGACGAGUGUACCAGUGCUGUGAGCAUCGAUGUGGAGGGCCACAUGUACCAGUCGGCCAAGGACCAAGGCAUCACCCUGCUCACCAUCACCCACCGACCGACACUGUGGAAGUUCCACACCCAUGUGCUACAGUUUGAUGGUGAGGGCGGGUGGAAGUUUGACCAUCUGGACUCUGACAAGCGGCUCAGCCUGAAGGACGAGAAACACCACCUGGAGACUCUGUUGUCUGAUAUUCCCACCAAGAUGGAGAGACUAAAGGAGCUGUGCAGCAUCCUGGGUGAGGACUCCCUGCUGGUGGAGGAGGGAACUAUCCCUGAUGUAGCCAGUGACACUGCCUUGUCAGACUAAGGGAAGCAAACCCAAAGACUUGAGCAGAGAUGACCACCCUCUCUGUGCUUGGCUUAUCUCCCUGGCCAGUUGUUCUAGUCAAGAUCCUGAUGGGGAUUGUACAGAUUGCCAGUCUUGUACAGUGUUUUUAUCAGAGUUUUUUGAUACGCUGGGAAUUGUUGGAAUUGUAUGUUAUAAUAGUAACAUACUGUCAGAAAGUGUUAUAUUGUUGAAUAUUAACUCUUGUCCAAAGUUUAGCAUAGCAAGUUCCUCUGCAUUGUUUUGUAGAGAAGAAAAUAUAUACGUGUGUCUAUGUGAGUGCAGCAAUACCAGACAGUUCACAGCCUUGAGAUUCCAACAGCAGAUUAUCUCUUAAUUGCUUUGUCUCUUUCCCUUUUAUCAUGCACCUGCCUCUUGGCCUCCUUCACUCCUGAGGUAUGGUCUUGAGAUUAUCUAAUAUUAAAAGUUUAUUAGCAUUAGUUUUAUAUAGGGAUGGAGCGUGGACUGAAUUUAAUGGACAGUAGAGUAAAUAGAACAGAAAUUAGUAAAGAAGACUAAUAAAAGUACAGGCACAUCACCAAGCUACCAGCAGCUGAUGAUCAGACAACCCCAUUAGUCCAGAUUGAAUGUGAGAGGGAACUUCGAAUGCCUGCCAAACUGGUGCAGCAGAAUGGUUACUUUGGCAUAAUAAGACAGAUCCUUAUCCAAACCAGUGGUUCGGCUUGCUUUGCCCGUGCAUGCAUUGAGGGCUACAUCACUUGGUGUGUCUGCUUCUUCCUAAAUCAGACAAGACAAAAUAAAUAAGCAUUAUGAAUAACCCCUACAGGAUUAUUAACAUAGCCUAAACUAAUGUAUUAAACCUAAAAGGGCCUCCACUUCUCUUGGCCUCUGUCAAGAGGAACACAACCUAGCAAACCAUUUUGUUUUCCAUGCAGCAAGUUUGCAGUUGGUGUUGUCAUUAGACUGAUUAGAUUCUGUGUUAUGCCACCUUUAAAGCAACAAAGAAACUGAAAAAAAUUAUUUGAAGGUACAACAGAUUCACUUUAAAUGUUGCAUCAUUAGGAAUUGAACCCCUGACAAAACACCCAGAGUAACUGAGUCUGACAAAUUUCCGAUCAUGCCAAAUGAUCACCAAGUCUAAGUGAUGUUUGACCAGUCAUGACUGACUCAUCACCACACACAUGCACAGUUAGUGGAAGCAGUAAGGCUGGUCCAGGUGAGCGUCUCAGUGUUAUGCAAGCAGAUGGAUCUAAAGGAGCUGGUGCAGUGGUGGUGUGUCUGUGGGUAUUGAAGCAAGGGCCAAAGACUGCAGCUUACAUGUUGGGGUAUAAAGCUAGAAAGGGGAUGGAUGGAGGGACACAAACCUUUACAUUUAAGGGAAGAAUAAUGAAUGUUAGCAGCCUCCACUUUCCCUGUGAGAUGAUUUCUCUGUAUUGUUAACUUCCAAAGUCUUGCCAUGUUGUGUAGUGACCUGAGGUGUGGACACAACAUUGGAGGAGUGGAGUGGCUGAAGACUUUCUCAAUUAUGCCUUGACUUCAUAGUUUCUUGGCUGCUGGCAGCACUGUACUGCUGACAAAGCACCAUACAAUUACAUUUAAAUAAUUAGUCUUUAUAUAUUUCACAUAUCACUGGUAUAUCUGCAUUUUUUUAGUUUCUGUUUGUACACUUUAUAUACAUAUAAUUUUAUAAUUUCAUUUAUAUAUUAUAUAUCAUCAACAUCCAUAUGUAUAUAUUUUUUAUAGCAUAAUGAUACCGUGUGAAUUUCAAAUUUUAUCAGAUAUAUUUGAGAUAUUUAAUUUCUAUUAUUAUUAUUAUUAUUUUUGUUAUGAAUUUUAGUUUCUUUCUUUUCUUCUUGUUGCUUCUAGAUAAUUAUGUUGAGGUGUCAGUACAGAAUGUGAUCCAGGAAUUUCCAGACUGUACCCAUGCAGUGCCUGAGAUGUACAUUCAUGGAUAAUAGCCAAAUAGUUUGGUGCCUGUAUUCCCACUGUGUUAAGUGUAUUCUCUGGUUCUUCAACCCCCAUACAUGCUGAGAAUGUGUCAGUUGUCAGGCUUUGUAAUAACGCUAUCAGCAAAUCAGAGGAGCUAAAAUUCAAGGAAGACACUAAGCAGUGAGUGUGAUGUAUUACUUGAUUGUUGAACAAGACUUCAUUUGAAGCUCUAAUUAUGAUCCCCUCACCUGCAAGUAGUGCAGCACACUUAGCUUCACCCUCUGUCUUGGUCACCUGUGGACUAUUUGGGGAAAUGUUUGGUGCAGUGCACAUUUGUACUUAAGUCUCCUCAAUGCCAUCAGAUCAUUAUUUUUUUUUAGCUUGACCUUUACAUUAGGAAACAGGAAGGAGUCACUGGGCAUGAGGUCAGGGGAAUGGGGAGAAAGGGAAAUAUCAUAGGGAAGAGGAAGAAGACACUAGAGUUGGGUAUUCCUAGAAACCCCUGCUCAAGGAGAACUGUUUGGGUUUUGAGGCAGCAGCAAAUAGGCUUAUAAUCUGUUAAUUAUUCAGUCAUUGCCCAAACACCAUGUAUCCAUAACAGGCCAGCUAUAAUAAGGCUUCUGAGGAUGGCAGUCAGCCAUCUCACAAGAGUACAGCUUGAAAACAAGACUCAAGAAAAUAAAGAGACUGAAAGGCAAGUUCACAUACACAGUGCAGCUCCUGGAACAUGAACAUAUUGCAGCUGUUGUGACCACAGCAAGUCCAGAUGAUGGAUUUAUGAUGUGGUUAUAUAGCAAGCUAGUUUGCAGAUAGUUUUUUUUUGUUUGCCAGCUGCCCAUAUGUUUCAUUCUGACAUAUUCCCUCAGUUACCUUGAACCCUUCAUAUGAAAGUGCUGAUUAGGUGAAGAAUUUGCAAUAACAGAUGCCUUGUGAACAGUUCCUUCAUAUUAAGAAACAGCUCAGCAUACUCUUGACUGUGGCCUUUUCUAGUCUUGCUUCCUUACAUCUUUGAACAGUGAGAAACACUGGAAUGUCUGAUGUCCAUCCUUGCUACAUCACUUCAUGGGUGGCCAGUGUAGGAGUGCAAACAAAACUUGAUACAGAAGUACAUGUGACCAAGUUUACCAUUGUGCUUCUCAUAAAGUAUCACAUAAAAUCAUUGAUAUUAACUACAAACAUACCUGAGAAUUAAUGUUUGCACCAAAAUGUCAUGUGCCUCACUGGUUCAUGAGAAUUUCUUUAGUUUUAUCAGGCAGGUCAGGUUUGUGCUGGUGCCUUUCAGUGUUCUGAGGAAACAGUAAGGAAAUCCUGGAUCACCUCUUUUCAUAGUGAGUAAAAGCUUUGAAAAUGUCUUUGCACAUAGGUGGGAAAGGUGUUGAUGUGUAUAAGAAGGUAAAGAAGUUACCAAGUAUUAGUUUGAUCAAAAGAUAGGAGUAACUGGUUUGAAAAACCAAUGUGUAUUACAUGCCCUUUGAAACAAACUUUUAUUGAUGUGAUAUGUUAGUGGUGUAUGAAGGUUCUACAGAUUAUGGUUAUCUAUUUAUUAACACCUAGAAAGGAACUAGACUUUGUGAUAACUGUCACUGAGAAAGGAAUGUUAUGGAAUUGACAGCAUUUUGACAGUGUAGUGUUUCUGCCACACUGGACUGCAGAAAUGUGAAGCACACAGGAAUCUCUUGACACUGCAGGAUGGCAAGUAUUGCUUUGCUGUGCUUCAUGCUGUCUUUGUAGCAGGGCUGCAACAAAUCAUACCAAAGUUAUUGAGCUCAAGUACUGUUUGUUCCUUUCUAUAGAAACUUGUCCUUGCAGUGGAUGCACUGUGUGAAAUAGGACCAGUUAGCAAUAUAUAGAAUCGGCAAGAUCCACAGAUAAUAAGAAAGUAUCACAUCCUCCUGCAUUGGCAGGAAAAUGCAGUUUGAAAUAUACAGAUCAUUAUGUGUAUAUAGAACAGCUCAUUGCAUAUGUUCAUAGAGUAAGGUUAUGUUGAUGAUGAUGUGUGUGUGUGUGUGUGUGUGUGUGUGUGUGUGUGUGUGUGUGUGUGUGUGUGUUGACAGAAAGCUUCCAUUAUGGAGGGGGUGAGGUAACAUAGGAAGUGGGGAUAUAAUGUACAUGAACAAGGUAUGUUAUUCUUUCACUGCUUGCCUGUGUGUGACUGGCAGUGCACAUGAAUCUUCUCCAGCUAUUCCUGUCCUUUACUUCUUUUAUUCAUCUUUGUCUCUCUAGAAUGAAGUGUGGCUGUGAGAUUAACCUUUCAUUAAUUUUUACUGGGCAAACUUGUCACAUUUAAUCUUAUAGUAUAGCUGACACUAUAGAGUAUUUUAUUAGUCUAUUUUCUUAAUCACUUGUGUUUCUGUAUACUCAAUCAAAAGCAUGCAUAAGGGCAUUGCAGAUCUGUGAGGCUCAGCUUAGUUUAUUAAUUUUUAUUUUCAUUUUUUUGUAAAGGCAAUAAAAUAUUGUGUGUAUGUACAUUUAGUACCUCAAGAAGUAGUGUUUAUGUUCCAUGACAUGUUUCACUGUACACUGCACACUAAUUUAGUCACCUGAGGACUUGGGAAUAUAGUAUUACUGCCACUGACUGAUGCUAUCACUUACUGAUUGGUGUAUGCAUUCCCACUUUGUUUUGAAACAUGGGAAACUAAUGGUGUAUUUUGACCAAAAACUGUGCUAUACUAUCCAAAUAACAGCAGUCUUUUAUUUUAGAGUUGAAUAUAAGUUCUGGUAGAAAUAAAAUGAAUAUAACAGAAAGAAGAAAGGACAGAAGAUGGAGUAAGGUAGGAAUAAGUUGAUCAGUGAGUGAGAGCAUGUCAGUAGCAGUGUCAUCCCAUCCCAUUUUUUUCUUAUUAAGUUUAUACAUAAUAUAUAUUUGUUUGUACUUGUGAAGGAGGCUGGUGUAUUACACAAAAAUGGGAAAAUAGAUCUGCUUGAUUGCUGCUCCCCAAAAUGUUUAGUAGAAAAGAGAACAGUAGGCCUGUAGUCUGGGUGAAAAGUUUCCCUUAAUUUUGGCAGCAGUGAUGGCAGAUUUUCCCAGAUGUCCACCUGUGUUAUGUAGCAAGAGGCUGUAGACAUCAUCUUGGUAGUAGUACCUGAUCUUGCCCCCUUCCACUCAGCAUCAGCCCAUUGAAUGUAUUGUAUCCCAUGCAGUCACCAGUCAUGAGCCUCAAGAGUGGAGGGGGAGGGACUUCUCUGUCUGGAUGAACUACUGUCUCCUCCACCAAAGUUUGCACCUGGAGCUGGGCAGGGUUUUGUAGCAGCAUAAUGGACUGAGUUGCAGGUAGCAGAAGUAAAUAUUCUGCAUUUUUAUUUGUAAUGAGAAUGCUGGAAGAAGAGAAAAAAUAGAAAUGAGCAUAUUAGUGGGAUGACACAUGUACAUAUAUUAUUUUGGGGACAAAGAUAGAGUGGUAGGAUUGAGAUAGUUUGGCAGUGUAAAGAGGAAGGAUAAAUGGGGAGAAGAAUGCAAACUCUGUGUGUGUGUGUGUGUGUGUGUGUGUGUGUGUGUGUGUGUGUGUGUGUGUGUGUGUGUGUGUGUGUGUGUGUGUGUGUGUGUAGAGGAGAGGAGUGGAAAGGAGUAAGUGAGGAGGAGGAUGUUUGAGUUGAAUCCUCUAGGCUGGUGGAAGAGGAAGAUAAAUGAGAAGGUUUAUAGAGUUGUAAAGGAAUACUUGUAAGUGAUGGAUUUAACAGAGGAAAAGUCAGGUGGGGACAUGAUCUACUGUUGUGACCCCUAACAGGAGCAACCCAAAGAAGAGGAUAACAGUCUAACUAUUGAAUAUUUGUAAGAGUUAGGAGUGAAGCAACUAGUGGUAAGUAGUGUGUGUGUGUGUGUGUGUGUGUGUGUGUGUGUGUGUGUGUGUGUGUGUGUGUGUGUGUGUGUGUGUGUGUGUGUGUGUGUGUGUGUGUUGUGCUCUUUGUAUUCAUUGCUUGUAUGACUAUUUAGGUAAUUCAUUUGCGUAUUUUGUAUAUUGCUAAUCUUUUUGCUGUAUCAAGAUAUUCCACAUAAAUAUUUGACUGUAUUUCAUACACUUAGUUUUAUAAUACCAAAGACCAAUGAUGAAAAAACUGCAUUUUUUUUUUUUUUUUUUUAAUAGCCUAUCACAUUUGCGGUUACAAGACUGCCAGGCUGCAAGUGCAAACUUCUGUUGACAACACCAUUUCCCCUGUUUGGAUGUGUGCAUGUGUGUGAGCCUGUUAGACUUUCAGAUGCAGCACACCUUGGAAGGAGGAGAGGGUGUGCAGGGUACACAGGAGGUGGUUACUCAGGUGAUGUUUCAGUCAUGUCAAAAAUGUCAGUCUAUGGAUGGUAGUACCUUUUUGCCUUGUCUCAGAAUGUUACACGCUCAUGCUGUGCAGUGCCCUAAUGGAUUUUUGUGCAUUUGUGGUGCCAAGUGUAUUUAACACCUUUUUACCUACCGAUUUUUGGGAAUGCACAAGUAUGUGUUAUCAAUUUUGUGUGUUUGUAGAUUGAUUUACCUGGACUGCAUGAAGAUAGCUAUACUUGAGUACAGUUUGGUUAGGAUAAGUCCAUAGUUCUCAGAUUGUUUUGCAUGACACUAUUCUGCUUCAGACAGUCCUGCAUGUCCCCACCUAAAUUUUUUUUUAUAAAAGAUUGUUUUUGUGAAAUAAUUUCAUCACAUGUUUUAAACAGUGAUUUUUUGGGCAGAUUUCAUGCCCCCCUUGUAUUGGAUUGAAUUAGCUUGCUUACUUUACCUCUCCUAACCUAUCCUAACAUAAUCAAACCUUCCCAAACCUUGUCCAUCUUAACCAAACCUGUCCUAUCCUAACCUAACCUAAUAUAAUCAAACCUUAAACCUUGUUUAACUUACCCUAGCUUAACCUAACCUGGCAUAACCUAGUUUAACCUAACCAAACCAAACAAAACCAUCUCUUACCCUGUCCAAUUUAACUUAACCAAACUUUGUCCAACUUUACUUAACAUAUGUAAUCUGGUCUAACCUAACCUAAAGUGUAGCUUGAGUGGCUCCAAUUCAUGUGAUCUUUUGGUGUCUGCAGACAGAGUGUAUAAUUUGCAUGGUAAUAGGAAGACCAUCUUGUUUAGUCUCCUUGGUGUAAUUCUUGAGCAGUGUUGAUGUGUGACUGUGAAGGGACACGUGUUACCUAUCCAUUACUUGUGCAGAGUGCUACCUAUGACACCGGUAAUGGGCCUGUUACCAUGCAUUAUCUUGCAAUGACCCAUUAAGUAGUUACAGGUGCACACCUAUAAUGGGUCUUUGAAGUGAUUAGCCCUGUGGUGGGCCUGUUAAGCAGCUUCUGUAAUAUACUAUCAUGUUAUCUUAAUUACUACAGAUGAUAUUAAUAAAAAAAAAUAUUG